AUGCACACCAAGACGCCAUCAGUGACCUGCAUGGUCCUCACAUUCCUCACCUUCUCUUCUCUCACCCUCGCAUAUCCUGUAUCUACAUCGAAGAAGGACGUUGUAUCGAGAGCGGUGAGUUCGAGAUCUCCUGACCCGCGAAUGAUCCCUCAAGCCGAUACCCCGGACGACGAGAACAGCGAUCUUAUCGACACCCUCUUCGACUCUAUCGGACUCCAUGACUUGACCAAGCUCAACCACUGGAAGUCAGACAAUGAGCCCGAUAAGUCUGAUCAGCCUGAUGUCAUUGAUGACAGCAACAGCCCUACAAAGACCGUGACCAGCCAAAACAACGAUGUCGAUCAAGAUGAUGACAAGGCGACGGAUAAUGGGAAGGAUAGCAAUAAGGUUGCAGAUGACUCGACCUCCCAAGACUACGAGAAAUACUCUGACAACAGUAAGAACAGUAAGGGUAACACCCUUCCGAACCCUGCAUCGGACGCUUCAGGGUUCGCGAAGGCCUUGAUGCAGAAGAUACAGGACGCUGUCAAGGAUGCUCUGGAUAGCAGCGACGAGCACACGCUUCACUGA